AUGGUUGCUGCACCUGAAGAAAACCCAUCACAGCCUGUCUCCCACAAACGGCCAUUGUCUGAACUGGCAGACGUGACGCCAGGAGAAGCAGGAGCAGGGGAAGACUCCUCGUCAGACACCGACGAUUUCGGCCCAGCUCUACCCUCAGCAGCAGCGCCGAAGAAAAAACGGCGCAAGCUAGCUUUCGAGAGGGUCUACGUGAACGCACUGCCGGCGUCUCAGCGGUAUUCGAAGUCGCUCAUGCACAGGGACCAACUGUCGUAUGUGAAUGUCACGCCUUCGACCGACUUUCUCAUUACGAGCUCGAUUGAUGGCGUCGUCAAGUUUUGGAAGAAGAUGGCUGUUGGGGUGGAGUUUGUCAAGGAGUUCCGCGCGCAUGCCGGCGAGAUUACGAGCACGACUGUCAGCGCGGAUGGGAGGAGUUUUGCUACAGCUGGGAUGGAUAAGACUGUUAAAAUUUUUGAUAUAAUAACCUUUGAUCUUCUUGCCAUGUUUGAUCUGCAAUUCACGCCGCGAUGCGUCUGCUGGGUGCACAAACGCGGCGCAUCGCUGCCCCUGCUUGCCGUCACAGACGAAGCCAGCCCUUCUAUAGUCAUCUUCGAUGGUCGAGGAGAGAACCGCGACGCCUUGUACACUCUCACCUCGAUUCACAGAAAGCCCGUCGUCGCGCUCGCAUUCAACAAUGCCUUUGACUGCGUCAUCUCCGCCGAUGAAACCGGCAUGAUCGAGUACUGGCGCCCAUCCGACGACUUUACAAAACCAGACAAUGUCUUUGAGCUUAAAUCAUCUACGAAUCUGUUCGAAUUCCGAAAGAAAAAAUCCGUCCCGUCGUCCAUCUCGAUUUCGCCAUCGGGCCAUCAAUUCGCUACUUUUUCAUUUCCUGACCGACAAGUGCGAGUAUUUGAUUUCCAGUCAGGGAAAUUGUACAGGACAUACGACGAAUCGAUAAGCACCAUUACCGACAUGCAACAAGCGGGAAAUGGCCUCGAGCGACUCGAAGAAGUCGAAUUCGGGCGCCGAAUAGCCAUCGAACGCGAUAUCGAGAACCCAAUUUCCCGACCCAAGAUCAACGUCAUUUUCGACGAAUCAGGCCAUUUCAUCAUGUACGGCUCUCUGCACGGCAUCAAAUGCAUCAACACCUUCACCAACCGCGUGGUGCGCGUAUUCGGCAAAGACGAACCCUUCCGCGCGCUCAACUUAGCCAUAUACCAGGGCCAACCGCAGAAAAAGGGCGUUGUCACCGUCAGCAUGGCAGCAAGCGCCAACCCGCUCCUCCAAGAAUCCGAAGAACGCGACCCGAUCCUCGUUUCAACGGGCUACGGCAAAGUGCGCUUCUACAUGUUCACCAACGAAGACGAGAUCUCGAAAUCGACGCGCGACGUUCAAAAUGAGAAGCCGCGCGACGGCGACCAGUCCGCAAGGGACUCGGCGGCAUCCAACAAGAAGGCCGAAAUCGGCACAUCGGCCACCCUGCACACUACCCUGGGCGACAUCCAUCUACGCCUAUUCCCGCAAAUCGCGCCUCUAGCAGUCGAGAAUUUCGUCACGCACGCGCGCCAGGGCUACUACAACAACACCAUCUUCCACCGCGUAAUCCGCAAAUUCAUGAUCCAAGGCGGCGAUCCGCUCGGCGACGGGACAGGCGGCGAGAGUAUCUGGGGCGGCGAAUUCAAGGACGAGAUCACGCCCAACAUCAAGCACGACAAACCGUAUACGCUUAGCAUGGCGAAUGCGGGGCCCAAUACGAACGGAUCACAGUUUUUCAUUACCACGGAAAAGACGCCCUGGUUGGAUGGGAAGCAUACGAUUUUUGGGCGUGCGGUGCAAGGGCUGGAUGUUGUGCAUCGCAUCGAGAAUGUGAGGGUGAAGAAGGAGAAGCCGGAGGACGAUGUAAAGAUUGUUAGUAUUACUGUAUCUUGA